UCUGUCCUAGCUCUACAGCCAUGAACCCUCAACGAGAUCCCAAGGCGGCUGCGACCGCCAGAGAAGCCGGUAACGCUUCUUAUAAAAAGGGCAAAUGGGCAGAAGCAAUAGGUCACUAUGCUCAAGCUGCCAGGCUAGACCCAACGGACCCGGCUCCUCUUCUAAACCGAGCACAGGCCUACCUUAAGCUCGAAAAAUGGCAGGACGUCGUACGGGACUGCAAUACCGUCCUGAACCUCCCCUUACAAUCGAAGAACAUCAAGGCGCUCUUUAGGAGAUCCUUGGCGCGAAGGGAGUUGGGCGAUGAGGAGCAGGAUGGGGCUGUUCAAGACCUGGAGAUGAUCUUGAAAUUGGAACCGAGCAACUCGGCUGCUAAAGAAGAAUUGGCCAGUCUGAGAAAGGAAAUAGAGAAGAAUAAGAAGAAGAAGAAGGACCGGUCCAAUCCCACUGUCGCCAAAAAGACCUCGACUGAAAGACUCACUGGACAAGCGGAUGAGGAGCUCAAACCUGCCGUACCGCCUCUCUCCCUCGCUGCGUCAUCGACACGUCGCAUCCCUUCUACCUCUACUACCACUACCUCCAACUCGAGUAGUAUCACAAACACAGGCCCUCCGGACCCUCCUAAAGGGGUACAGAUCCCGAUCAAGGUGGUUCCCUUCUUUUCACCUCGGACGAGUCUCGCUGAGAAGCCGAAAGAUGGGGAUAUGCCUGUAGCGGGUCCUUCCCGAUCCAAGACAAAUGAGUAUACUUAUGAUCCCAAACAGCCAGCCAGUACGUCAGGCUUUGCCGAGAAGAAGGCGGGAAGGGAGGGGAAGAGGAGCUUCGCCGGUACGAGCGUGGGUUUCACUGGGGAGAACGAGGCAGAGACACGUAGUCAAAAGGUGGAUGGCAAGAGGGAAUUGGUCCGGGAGGAUAGGAGUCGCAGGAGCGAGGUGACACCGCCGGUCUCGGGUUUGGAUAUGAUCGAUCGGGUCAUGCACGCCGCGACGGAUCGGGAACGAUGGGAUAUCCUGACGUCGAUACCUACAACAAAGGCGUGUGUUUGGCUGGACCCAUUAAUAGAGCCGGAUCACCUUGCAACGAUCUACCAAGCAAUGCUCUCCGCAGUUUCUGCCAAAGGAAGUACCAAAGCGGAAGCGGAUGACAUAGAGCAAAUCAAGCAGCUGGUACAAGGGCUGAGGGGGAUGAAGAGGUGGAAGAUGGUCCAAGGAUUGUUAAGCAAGAAGGAGAAGGAGGUUAUACGGGAUCUGAGCGCUCGGUGUGGGCUGGAUUAGUCCGAUGCGUGGGACAGGUUUUCGUGUCAGUAAGGCUUGACGCGGCCACACGCGUGAGAAAUGGUGCUCGCGUUUCAUCCUUGUAUUCCGUAGAGCAGACGCCCGGCGAAGGGCGGCCUCCUUUAUACCAUGUCACAGCUUUGACGAGGGG